AAAACGUUCUGACAUCUCUGAAUAAAUGCCGAUUUUUUAUCACUUGAGUUCAUUUUUCUGAUCCAGUCAUGUCAUCUAAUGUGUCGAGAUUGAAAGAGGUUCAAAACAAUUAUGAAAAUAGAUUUAAUUGCAUAAUUUGCUGGUAUCCAAAACUCCGAAUGGUCUAUGGCCGUUGUCAACACAGAAUUUGCGCUGACUGCUUGUAUGACGAGAAUGGAUUCUGCCGAGAAGAUUUAAUGAAAUGUCCAACCUGUCAAAAACCUCACUCCUUCCCAUUUUGCAAACCAGAUAUUCCAGAUGACAGUAUUGAAGCACAGCGUUGUUUAGGAGUAAGGGAAUGCCCGCAUAAAGAUUGCAAUGAGACAAUGUGGGAAUGGGAGAUGGAAGAGCACCUCAAGGAUUGCCGUGAACCCACUCCACCAAGAGAAGCAACUCCACAAAAGAAAGUGAGGCGAAGACGGUUAUCUCUUCCGCAGCCGUCAGAUACCAAACGGGUGACAAGAAGUAGUAAUACACAAAAAGAAGAGCCAGAAGGUGUACCAGUGCAAAGACGGCGGAGUGCAAGAAUUGUUCUUUCCAGGGUAAUAUGACAGACAUCAUAAUGACAGUCAGAUCUUAUAGAGUCGCAGUGGACAAUUGUCUCAUUAGAAUAUUUGUUGUGCCCUCUCUAAUCUGUUUAAACUCCAACUCAUGGUCUGAAGCAGCGAAUUUAACUGGAGUCUUCAACCUUCAUAUGUGUAUUGGAUUGACUUAGGCCGAGUUCAAGAAUGGUGGCGUCGGGGAUAUCACAAUAGGCAGCUGUUGGUGUUAUACUCAAGAAGCAGUUUGCUUUGGUGGAGUUGAGACUGAGAGUAACAUUAAGGUGAUUAAGAUGCAGUCAAAAUACAUGUAAAACUUAGUUAGAAGUAGGGACUAAGAUCUCAUUUUGCAUAUUUUGGUGAAUCUAGCGUAUGUAUAUUUGGACUGACCUCAGUCUGUUUUAGUUUAACUUAUUGUGUAGAGAGGCUUAGUGUAGUGAAUUGUUGCUGAUUGUCCUGGUGCUGUGUACAUGGGGACAUGGGGUGUCCAAAGCAUUGAAACCUAGGCUUGUCUUGAAUGAAUGUAAUUGGUUUAAUGUUCCGCAGCUUGGCUGAAAUAAUCAUGCCUAUUUCAAAAUGUAUUAUACUAAACAAAAGAUUCCUUGGGACCAUAGUGAUUUAACACUCAUCACGACAUGUACCAUUUUGCCCCAAAUUGCCAUGUCAGAUCUGGUUGUAGGUAUUCAGCCAUUUACAAGUACAUUGUACUACUGUUUCGUCCUUACUGCUGUCCUAAACAUUUAGAAUUAUCUGACAGGCAAGUCCUAAUGUUGUCCAGUUAUUAGAUAUUGAUUUCAAUUUAAAAAUUAACCAAUUAUAAGUAUUUUGUGCAAUUAAAUUGGUUGUACAUGUAAUUAUGUGCUUGAGCGUGGCAAGGAGUUUGCUUUGAUAACAUUUUAAUAAGGACAAAAAAUUGACUGUAAUUAGAUAAUUAAAAACCUGUUUCGUUCUUUAUAUAUUCACGUAUGAUAUGAGCCUUGGGAAACAUACACAGUAUCCCAUCUCUCUAUCUAACAUUUACUUUGAUUUAGAUUCAGUUCAACUUAGACGUUAUCUGUUUCAGUUAAUCCCUUUAUUUCAUCUUAAGACUAAGGACCUAGUGAAGCGGACAUGGUUUUGAACAACCCAGCCUGUAUUGUGUGUUGUGGUAUCAUGCUAUUUAGUUACGUGUAUUUUUGUGUUUAUAUAACUUUUGUACAAUUAGUCACUAAAUUUUGGCAGUAGAUUCAUAAGAAUAAAUAAA